GCCUUUUGCCGUUAUGGCUUGUAGCUUGGAUCCUUCAUCAACUAAGCCAAAUAUUUGCAUCCCAAUAUCUGAUUCUUGGAUUUGAUUUUCUAGCUGCCAUAGAUGAUUAGUUACUCCAAGUUAUAAUUUUCUUCUUUAUAGACGUAUCCUUUAUGCUUUUCUUUUCCAUCUUUAGGGUGUUGUGGUACCUCUAAGAUUUCUCUAGAAGAUCCCUUGGUAGAAUGAGCAAGUCAAUUGGUUUCAUGGCACAAGAUGCUUAUGCUUAUGCCUUUGCCUCUGUGAAGAAGAUUAUUGAACUCCACAACAAGGGUGAAGAUUGUCGAGCUCCACAGCUAGGGUUUCAAAGGCAAGGCUGAAAGUUAAUAUCAGGGUCUUCAUAUAUUUCUGAAGCCAAAAUAGUGUAGGGUUGAUAACUCUCUACUCCCGAAAAUCCCAAAUCAGAAGAAAAUGACCGACCACAUUCCCCAAGAUGUGCUAGUCAACAUCUUCACCAGACUAACCAUAAAAACCCUCUUGCAAUGCACCUCUGUCUGCAAAUCAUGGCACUCCAUCAUCGUAAACCCUAGUUUCAUUGAUUCCCACCUCAAUCGACCACCUACUCAAACCUAUAACAAUGCCCACCACCUUUUGCUUGUGCGGACCUGCUCCUCUGAUGAUGAUGGCGGGAAAGAGCUCUAACUGUGAUGACGAAUCAUUCGAUGAGUAUGCCAAGCUACACUUUCCAUUCAGUAAGGCUUUUAAUAUGUUCUUUCGGAUAGUUGGAAGCUGCAACGGGGUUCUAUGCCUCACGGAUGAUCAGAUGUCAUAUGUGCACAACACAAUUCUGUGGAACCCCUCGAUUCAGAAGUGAGUGAGAUUGCCGAAGCCUAGGGUUACCUUCACUUCGCACGGAGCAUUUGAUCAUGCAAUUGGCUUCGGCUUUGAUGCUAAGGCCAAUGACUAUAAGGUGGUCAGGAUUGUUUAUCUUCUUGAUUUUGAAUCAGAGGUCCCGCAAGAGAUUGAUUUGUACUCACCGAGCACGGGCACUUGGCGAAACAUUAGCCAUUUGGGUCUUCCUUAUUUGAUUAGUGGAAGGGCAACACAGGCUUAUUUGAAUGGGGCUGCUCAUUGGAUUGGAGCCGAUAGGGAAAGGCAAUGCAUGAUGUUUGUGUCGUUCCAUAUGGCUGAUGAGUCGUUUCACAGUAUGUCACUUCCAGCUGGUAUACCAUAUUGGCAUUGGUACCUUAGGCCUGCUGUUAUUCAAGGAUCACUUUCUUUUGUAGAGAAAAAGGGGUAUGGUCAAGAAAAAAGUUGGUGCAUAUGGGUGAUGAAAGACUAUGGCGUGGCAAGCUCUUGGACUAAACUUCUUGAUGUAGGUAUUGGUGAAGUUGUCCACAGGCUAAUUGGUUUUCGAAGGGAAGGUGAACUCCUAAUCGAAGCUCGAGGAGAUCUUAUUUCUUUUAGACCUAGAGAUGUACAAGUAAAGGGGCUUGGAAUUCACAACAAUACAGGGGAUUGGUAUAAGGAAUCACUUCAUACAGAGGCAUAUGUGGAAAGCCUUGUUUUACUUGGAAGGCCGGAGCAAACAAUGGAGGAUGAAGUUGCCUGUGAAGAAAAAAAGGAGGUUGAAGUUCGGUGUGGAGAAGAAGAAAUAGAAAGCAAAGAAGAUGCAAAAACCAGGCAUUAUACAUUUCCCACUUAACCUGAAUUUUGUGCAUCUUCUAUUCUUGUCGUUACUCAAUGUUAAUGCUUCGUAUUCGCACGAGGCUGUUAUUGAAUCUUGUGACACUAUCUAUGUUCGAAGCCUUUGAUGUCAAUGCAUUUUUCCCCAGAAUUUGAUAUGUGUUGCGUGUUCAACUUGUUUAGUUGGUAAGUUCUAAACUUAAGUGAUUUUUUAUUUUUCUAACAUCAAGAACUGCUGUUUGUUAGGGUUGUGGCGGGACAGCAGGAUCAAUGUGAGGAAGCAAAGAAAAGUUGAGAAGGGUAACUUACGAGCAAAGAAGCUAUGCAGUGAACCUUUUCAUCCUCGAUUUUAUAUCUAUAGAAGUGAAAGAGGAAAAAACUAGAGAAAGACAAGAAGAACAUAUUUAUGCUCUAAUCUGGCUACUAGUUUACUUAAAGUUUCUUAGAAAGACUUUCUGUAACCUGCUGACUGGUACAAUCACCGUUAUUGUAUAGUAGGUAUGUGUUUGUCACUUUUUCUUCAGGGGAUUAUGUAUCUAACUUCCAUGAUUAUUUGGACUUUUAAUGGCAUUUGGUUCUCAUAUUUUAUCAAUGAUAUCUUUU